AUGUUCCUUCUCCUGCUAAUUUUGAGCCUGGGAAUGCCGCUUCAUCAGACAGCAGCUUUAUUCACAGUGACGGUCCCGAAGGAAAUGUACACGGUAGACUAUGGUGGCAAUGUGACCUUGGAGUGUGAUUUUGACACCGGAGGUCAUGUGGAACUCGGAGACUUAAAAGCCAGUUUGCAAAAGGUGGAAAAUGAUACAACCUUGCUCAGUGAAAGAGCCACUUUGCUGGAGGAGCAGCUGCCCCUGGGGAAGGCCUUGUUCCACAUCCCCCAAGUCCAAGUGAGAGAUGCAGGGCAGUACCGCUGCCUGAUCAUCUAUGGGAUCGCCUGGGACUACAAGUACCUGACUCUGAAAGUCAAAGCUUCCUACAAGAAAAUAAACACUCGCAACCUUAAGGUCCCAGGGACAGAUGAGGUAGAGCUCACCUGCCAGGCUGUAGGCUAUCCCCUGGCUGAAGUGUCCUGGCCAAAUAUCAGUGUUCCUACCAACACCAGCCACACCAAGACCUCUGAAGGCCUCUACCUGGUCACUAGUGUUCUGCGCCUAAAGCCACACCCUGGCAGGAAUUUCAGCUGUGUGUUCUGGAAUGCCAAUAUGAAGGAACUCACUUCGGCCAUCAUUGACCAAGGUGAUCUGGAAUCCCCUGAGACCCCUCCAUCUUCACUGCUUCAUAUUUUCAUCCUCUCCUUCAUCAUUGCUUUAAUGUUCAUAGCCACAAUAAUAGUCCUAAGAAAACGGCUCUGCCAGAAGUUUUAUUCUGGAAAAGACACAACAAAAGAUCUGUCACCACGGUAAGGAGGGAAGUGGACAGAGCU